AGGAGGAGCGAGAGGAGGAGGAGCCGAAGUGGACGCUGGGAGGCGGCGGAAGUGGAAGUGGCGCGCGCUCCGCACACUGGCCCUGGAAAUUUUUUCACAUGUCUUCUGAGAAGGCGACGAUUACAGUUCGUCUGAUUCGUUCCUUUGAGCAUCGAAAUUUCAAGCCUCUUGUUUACCAUGGAGUUAAUUUGGACCAGACUGUAAAAGAAUUUAUUGUAUUCCUAAAAAAAGAUGUCCCUUUAAGGACAGGCCUCCCACCCCCAUUCAAGCAUUAUAAAUAUGAUAAAAUGAAGAUUAUUCAUCAGGCACAUAAAUCAAAGACUAAUGAGCUUGUGUUGAGUUUAGAAGAUGAUGACAGAUUCUUGUUAAAAGAAGACUGGACUAUGAAAGCAGCUGGAGUUGCCAAUGAAACUGAAAUUGCAUUCUUCUGUGAAGAAGAUUACAAGAACUACAAAGCUAAUCCUGUUUCAUCCUGGUGAAGACUUCUGGGGAGCUUGUUUUUUGCAUACCUAUAGUAAGCUCUUUAUUUUGCUUACUGAGAGUUUUUUUUUUUACUGAUAAAUAAAUCCUAAAAUAUUAAUCCAUGCUGAGUUACAGUUUCUUUUCACAGCCUGCCAUUUGUAUCCAAACUCUGUUAGUGGUACCUGUUGUUAUUUUACAUUUCUCAGACACACUCAUGUCUCCUUCCCCGCCCACUUGUAUUUUAUCAUCUAGGCACUGUAAUUAAUGUAGCAUUUCUUUUUAUGAUGAAAACCGUAUUGAGAGAUUUAAAAAAAUAACAGAAACCGAAAAGUAAGUGUAGUGUACUAGUAGAACACUGUUCCAUUCCCCUAUAGUUUUUGUUUUUAACAUUUUCUCAGAACCUUAGAAUUUCUUGUGACUAGCCAAUAUUAGAUUGUUCUUGAAAGAAUUUAUGAGGUCUUUUAUUCAUUUUGUGUCUCAUCUAUAGUUUCUAAUUGGAGUUAUCUAUUACUUUAUUUUUCCACCAAAAGAGAUGAAGGCCUAGUGUGAUCAUUUCAUCCAUUUUUCAGUUUCUUGACUAUACAACACACAACCACAAAGGAAAAUAAGCAUUACAUAUUCCAGAGAGAUUUUUGUGAUGUCUGAGAGUCAUGCAUUUUCCUUUUUAAAAAUACAUUAGUCAGCAUAAGUGGCAUGGCUGAAUUUCUGAUGGCUUGAGAAGUAAAAUACAGUAGAACCAAAUUCAUAUCUUUGGGGAAAAGAUAUCUGUGUCUGUUGCUUAGAGAAAAUUGUUCUUUGAAAACAAGUUUGUCCUUCAAGAUAAAAUCUUUCAGACUAUAGCAGCGUUUUCAUUAAAGAUCAUCAAAUCAAUAAGCCCCUUAUGUGUGCCAUGGAAGUCUUCUAGUUGCUGGGGUGACAGAGACAAAAAGGAAAUGACCCUGCCCCCUCGGUGCUUCUAUUCUUUUGGGGUAAACAACAUUACUCAUAAAAGUUUAUACAAAACAAAUCCAAAGUAAAUAUAUCAGGUGGCUUUGCGUGAAGACACCAGGAAGCUGGGGAUCAGGAAAAGACUCGGGGGGAGGCAGUGCUUGAGCUGAGCUUUGAAGGAAGCUCAGGAUUCUCAGAGGUGAAAGGAGGGAAAAGGGGAGUGUGUACCAGGCCUAGUGACAGUGUGUGCAGAGGCAUGGAGAUGAGAGAUGGAAUAUUAUAUGUGAGGAACAGCAAGACCAGAAGUUAGGCUGCAUUGUAGAGAGUUUAAAGAAGAAUAAUAUAUGAUAUACAUGGAAGAGUAAACUGGAACCUACUUUCCAGGUACUUGAAUGACAAACAGAGAAGUUUGUAUUUGAUUCUAAAGGCAAUAGGAAGCUCUGGAGUUUAUUGAGAAGAGGAGAGUCCUCAUGGUGAGACCCAGGCUUUAGGAAUGUCACUUUGUCAGAUGUGUGAUGGACAGAUUAGAUAGAGGAGAGACUAAAUGUAGGAAGACCAAUUAGGAAACUUGUAAUAGUCUAGGUGACAGCUGAUGAGGGAUGAGUUUUUGGGGAAAGCUAAUGAGUUUCCUAUUAGAUGUGUUGAGUUUGAGAUGCCUGCAAGACAUCCAGUUGGAAAUGUCCAAAAGGUAUUUUUGAUGUGAACAGACAGGGUGGGAUAUGUAGAUUUGGGAGUCAUCGUCACAGAGAUAAUUAUUUAACUCAUGGGAACUGAGGAGGUCGCCUAGAGAGAAUAUAUAGAAAGAAGAGGGCUCUUGAUAGAGCAUUAGUGUGCACCACAGCAAAGGAGCAAGGCAUAGAUGAGGUUGCAGUAAAGGAGACCUGAAAAGUGCCAUCAGACAAGGAGAGCAAGAACUAAAGGAAAACUGGGUCAGGAAAACUCAGAGAAGAGAGAGUAUCCAAGAGGAGAGGAUGGUCAACCCGGAAAUGCUUCAUGAAGCUCAAGAAGGAUGAGGAUUAAGAAAAGGUCAUUAAGUUUCAAAAUUAAGAGAUCACUGGUAGCUUUGGAAAAAAAAACCAUUUUUCCAGCAGAAAACCAACAGAUUGUAAUUAGAAACAGACUUAGUCCAAAAAUUAAAGUUCCCUGUGUGAUGUCAGCCAGGCUCAUAAUUGCUCCUUGAAGCCAAUGAGGCAGAAAUGUUUGUUCUGUUUUGACCACAGUAUCAAGGACUGACUCCAAGUCCUGCCCCUGACCAGGGGCAGCUCAUUUAAACUUUCAGUACCUUAAGCAACCCACAAAGGCUACCAAUGACAGAAGAGUUGGCAGUUGGUAUCAGUGAGGGUAUUUUCACAACUGGAAUUCUCUAUCCUAAUGAAAUCACAGGUCUCUGCACCAAAAACCAGUCUUUGCACCACAUGAUUUUUUUGUUGUUUUGCUAAGUGAGUCAUCAUAGGACUCCUUAAACUCUCAGUGAACUCUCAGUGUAUUUCAAAUAUAUUCUAAUUAUAAAAAUUAAAUUUAUGUGGGCUUCAAAACAAUAAUUUUCUUAAGUGAGUUAACCCCUAUGUAUAUAUUGUCACUUAAACUGAAG